CGAUCAGGAUGGGGGUGAUCUGAGCUAUAUGGUUGCGGUGACUUUCGGCGACAGCAAGGAGGAAUACCAUCUGCUGCUCGAUUCGGCGGCGAGCAAUACUUGGGUCAUGGGGCAGGACUGCAAGAGCGAUUCCUGUAGUACACAUACUACAUUUGGGGCAGGGGACUCGAGCACGCUCAAGACGCAAAAAGAUUCCUUCAACGUCACAUACGGCACUGGAUCUGUGUCCGGGACGCUCGCAGAAGACACCCUCCACAUCGGCUCCUUGUCCCCCUCCUUCACCUUCGGCCUCGCCACGAACGUCUCCCAGGAAUUUAGAUCCUACCCCAUGGACGGCAUUCUAGGCAUCGGCCGCGGCGAGAAAGUAGUAGGCACAACCGAAUCACCGCAAGUUAUGGAUGUGCUUUCGAGCUCUAAGCUGAUCGGCGCGAAGCUCUACGGCAUACAUCUGAGCAGAAAUACAGACGGGCUGAACGACGGUGAGCUGAACCUCGGCGAGGUGAAUACGGAUCGCUUCGACGGCGAUCUAAACUGGAGCGAUUGUGUGGAGAACGAGACUGGGUUCUGGGAAAUCCCAAUCAGUGACGCGGGCGUAAACGGCAAAACACUCGGCCUCAACGGCCGCACUGCAAUCAUGGAUACUGGGACGUCUUUCGUGCUCAUGCCGCCCGCCGACGCACUGGCCAUACACACCCAGAUCACGGGCUACAAGCAGUCAGGCGAGACCUUCAGCGUGCCCUGCGACACCAAAGCCGUGAUCCAAGUCUCCUUCAACCAGAAAGCCUACAACAUCUCCACGGAAGAUUGGCUAGGCGAUAAGCUGGACAGCGGACUGUGUCGCAGCAACAUUGUCGGGCGACAAACGUUCAGCGCGACGCAGUGGCUGGUUGGCGACGUGUUUCUCAAGAACGUGUACUCUGUUUUCGACUUUGAUGGCUCGAGGGUGGGGCUGGGUGAGAGCGAGAAUGCCGGAACAUCGGUGUCGACGGCUUCGGCGUCUUUGAUCGCGCUCAUGGCGGCAUUUGCUUCUGUUUCAAUAUUCAUGUGA